AUGGAAGAAUCAAAUACGAAACUUAUCGAGGAACAUAAAGUUAUUCAAAAUAACCUACUUAGUGAAAUUGAAAGGAUUACGAACGAUAAAAAUCAAGAAAUAUCUAAUCUUCAAAGGAUCAUAAACGAUAGAAAUCAAGAAAUAUCUAAUCUUCAAAAAAGAUUAGAAGAGAGAUAG